AUGUACAAUCUCGUGUCUCCUAUGGAUUACGGAAAGUCUGUGCGCUCCAACAACGUGCGUCGUCGCCGCAACAAAGCGAUUGGAAUGUUUCUCACUAAUAAUUUGGCACUUCCACUUGUGAAAUCUCUUGGUCGUGUUGCUUGGAACCUUAUCCAGAGUCACUAUGUUGGAUAUUUCAAAGACGAGAUAUUCGCACAGCGUCUAAAGAUGAUGAACGCCAGUGAAAUGAUUCGAGAAUUUAAUCUCACCUUACCGUUAGAUGCGAUUGAAGCUGCAGAAGAAGAAGAAGAAACCCGACCGAAUACAACGUUGUCGUUUGUUUAUGAUGGGGCAAGCAAGAGAUCUGUGCUUUAUUCGCAGUAUACUGCAGCUUUUGCGCCGUAUGAAGGCUACUCGGACCAAUAUUACACUCGCGAUGAUAAAUUACCACUUCCAACUUUCCCAGCUGAUAGUUAUCCCUGGUUGUGUGGCAAAACUGCAAUGAAUGCGCGCGAUACCGAAGCUCUUGAUCAAAUUCAAGUGCAACUUCAAGAAUUUUACUUCGAUACCGGCAUUCCUCGGCUUACAAUUCGUUCAAAUUCAUCACACUCGGUCUUUCCGCCGCCGACAGAAUUUCUCCAAGAUCUGAUCAGCAAUCCCGGCGCUAACAAUUCUGAGCGCGUUUACGCUGCACUCACUCACUUUUACUCCUAUCCUUCGGUUGACAAAUGGAUAGUUGCAAGGGAAACUACAUUUGGAGGCAAUUGCUCAGUGGGUCAACUGUGCCUGGUGCAAUCUGGCGUGACCGUGUAUACGCCAUCAUUGCCAACGCUGUCGUUGUUUCAAACAUUUGCCAACAUGAGCCUGGACCGAACAGCAAAACGAGCAGCUCGUCUGAAGGCACUUCAGAAAAUGACCGAAGUUGCUUUUGAAGCCGAACGACGAGCCCUAAAUCACGGCUUGCAAGGACCUUCCACCGUCUGGUAUUCCAGCCACGACCUUGACGUGGAUGAGUUUGCCGACGCUGUUCUAGGUACAUUGAACAUGUCAAUAAAGGAAGAUCCAUCUCCUCUUCACGUGUUCGAAAAACACAGAAAUGAACGAGUUUCCAUACUGGACGAGGUGGUAUCGUACUAUGCAGAUACGAACCACGACACGAAAAUUUCCAUGGAGCUCAAUCACAGCAUUCCAAUGCUCGAUAAUUUCGAGGAAAGCGAGCUUGUCCAGUUGAUUAAUGUGAUGGAAAAACACAUGAAGAUUCUGGAUGAAUCAAUUAUCUCGUACGUACAGACUCGAGUUGCCAACCCACUGUAUCAGGAAGUUGUGAACGCCACGAAGAGAGAAGUUUUCUACAAUGGAAGUGAAUACACGUUGGUAGGUUUCGGCUUCGUUGUACCUGCAACCAACGACAAAAACGUGUUGUAUCGCGACAUGAAGUUGCCAGUGCCGUUUCAUCUGGUUCUCCGCUUAAUCGUGCGAUUCCAAGAGAGUCGUUUGCUACUACCGCAAGAAUCUCGUCAGCUUUUAGUUUGCCUAGCGAUGGCAUUCUACAAUUUGUCUUUUUACCGUUGCCGUCCUGUGCUGACUUAAUAAACGAGUGUACCGUCGUAACAUUUUACGAUAGAAAAUAAGAAGAUAAAAUUCCAUG